AUGACCUUGACGAGGCAUGGCCGAUCGGCCCAUAUGAGUGCAACACUACAACUCUUGGGACAUGUGCAUGAUUUGAGGAACAGGAAGCGAAGUCUUGAGCUCAAUGGCAAUAACCUCGAUAUUGCUUCUAUCGUGGCUGUCGCCCGUCAUGGAGUCGAGCCCACUAUCAGCACGGACGAACUGCUUUCCAAGCGGCUUGAGAUCUCGGUUGACACUCUAGCCGAUGUCAUCUCUCAGAAAUGUGUCAUCUACGGCGUCAACACUGGUUUCGGUGGCAGUGCUGAUACAAGAACCAACGAACUCAUCGACCUGCAGACCCAUCUUCUGCAAUUUAUCCAAAGUGGAAUCAUCACGGCCGCUGACAAGGAUCCGGCCAGCAACUCGGAGCGGGAACCAUCCCACGUCAUGCCUCUCGCCUGGGCUCGUGCCGCCAUUGUGGCCAGAGCAAAUCAGAAUCUCAGGGGUCACAGUGCCAUCCGCAAGUGCGUGCUCAACAGUCUGGUUGACCUGCUGCACAACGGCAUUACUCCCCUAAUUCCACUUAGGGGCACCAUUUCUGCAUCUGGAGAUCUUAUGCCUAUGGCAUACAUUGCUGGAGCAAUUAUGGGCAACCCAGAUGUCUUUGUCCAGGUGGGUAAGGGUGCACAAGCCACAAUUAUGCCAUCCUCUGUGGCCUUGAAAAUGAGCGGGCUCUCCCCAACGGGACUCGGUCCGAAGGAGGGACUUGGGCUUAUUAAUGGAACUGCUCCUUCUGUGGCAGUAGCAAGCUUGGCAUUGUAUGAUACGCAGCAGCUCGCGUUGUUAUCACAAAUGCUGACGGCUUUCGCUUCGGAAUGCUUGGCCGGGAAUGUAGAAUGGGUCCAUCCCUUCAUUCACGCGACUCGACCUCACGCCGGGCAAAUUGAGGUGGCAGGCAAUAUCCGGCGCUUCUUGAAAGGCUCCAAGUUUGUUGUUGGUUUGGAGUCGCACCAGGCAUCUGGUGACGGACUCUGCCAAGAUCGGUAUUCGACAAGAACAGCUCCUCAAUGGAUUGGACCUUAUAUCGAGGACCUUCUUCUAGCGCAACAUCAGCUCGAAGUGGAACUCAAUUCUACAUCAGAUAACCCUCUGGUGGACGCAAGCAAGCAAGACGAUGGCUCUAAUGGAAGAGUGUACUCUGGCGGAAAUUUCCAAGCAGCUGCUGUCACGUCGGCUAUGGAUAAGGCUCGAUUGGCCAUUCAGAUGAUCGGACGAAUGCUUUGGUCCCAGGUUACUGAGAUGAUCAACCCUGCUACAAAUAAUGGACUCGAGGCCAACCUUAAUGCCACCGCAUCAGAGAACUUCACCAUGAAGGGAAUCGACAUAAACAUGUCAGCGUAUAUGUCUGAGUUGGCGGCCCUGGCACACCCCGUCUCUGCCCACGUUAUGUCCGCUGAGAUGCACAAUCAGGGUAUCAACUCCCUUGCAUUGAUUUCAGCUCGACGAACUAUGGAGGCUGCAGAUCUGUUAGCACAUAUGAGUGCUUGCCAUAUAUAUGUCUCAUGUCAGGGUGUCGAAAUCAGAGCAAACCACAAUCGAUUCCUUUUAACACUUCGCACCAAGAUGGAAGACUUCACCCCAAGCGGAGCCUUGUAUGGACUCGGAUUGGAGGGUUCGCAGGUUGAGACGCUAUGCGCGUCACUUCUGCCCAUUGUCCAGUCGAGCUGGUAUCGCGCUAAUUCCAAUACUUGGAAAGACCGUGUCUUAUCUGUUGUUGAUGCUGUUAUGUCGUCAGUGAACGUAUUCGUGGCAACUCACAACCCUGAUUGUUCAGUUUCCACUAUCAUCGCGUUUAAGAAGAAAUUUGAGAGCGUCGUGUCCAGCACAGCAGAGGAAAUGUUUUAUCCCGGCCCGACUAUUUCCCCCGAGCAGGUGACCGCACAGCUUGGUAGGGGGACUGCGCAAAUCUAUACCUGGGUACGCUCGAAUCUGAACAUCCCUAUGAACUGUGGGCUCCAAGACGAUCCUUUAUAUAACGCUCAGAAGGGGCUUCCCACAAAGGGAAAAAGAGUAUUGGAAGCUCAGUAA